GGCUUGAACGAUGAUGUAUUCGCUGUGAUCGGUGAGCUGCAAAGCGAAUCGGCAAUAGAAUUUGAGAAACCAGAACAACUGUUCGCAUGCUGGCUCUACGCCUCAUGGUUACUCAGGGUCGAUGUUGAUGCACGUUUCCCAGAAUUUGUUGCAAAACCAAGUGUCAGCAAUCCGCUGAACCAGUACGAUCCGAAUUUGGCACUUGCCGAACAGCUCAAAAUUUGCGUUGCUGAGUUGCGACCAAAGGCCGAAGACGCAGCACGGCUGCUGAAAACUAUACUGCAAAGCAAUCGCAAUGUUUUCAUGACGGUACUCACAAAAGAUUGUUUCUUGGAGGCCUUAUCAAAGGUACCUGUCGUUCAUUUUUUCUUUUCAUAA